UUUUUUUUUUAAAUCGACAAAUAAUGAACGAAAUACAAAAUUCAUCGUCAUCAUCAUCUACAAUUCUUGAUGACAAACCCAGUAAAAUAAAUAUUUCAAAGAAUUUAGUUUUAGUUGAUAAUAAUAUAGAAGAAAAUGAUGAUUUUGGUGAAAUUAUUCAAUAUAAAGAAAAUAAAGAAGUUGAAAAUUCAUCAAUAGAAUUAGGAGAAAAAAAAGCUGUUGUUUUGUCGAUUCUUAUCCCGUUUUCAAUAAUUGGUGCUCUUAUUCGUAUCGGUCUUAAUAUCCUUCAUUCAUAUCCUGGGUCACCAGUGUUUUCAUUAAUAUACCCACAAUUUGUUGGCUGUGUAAUAAUGGGUUUUUGCUUGGCAAGAAAAGGAUUUAUAAUGGAAAGCUAUCUUCCUUUAUAUAUAGGACUCACGACAGGUCUUUGUGGGUCCAUAACAACUUUUUCUUCAUGGAUUCUUUCGAUAUUCAAGGAAUUUAUUUUACCUUCUACUCCUCAUCGUGGUGAUUUGUACAAUAUUCUUGCAGCUCUUGCGGACAUUGGAAUUACAUUAGGAAUGUCCGUGACAGGAUUAAAAUUUGGAGAACAUAUAGCAGAUAUAAUAAUUCAAAAACGUAAAAUUCAAUCUGAGAGGCUGUAUCAUAUUGCUGAAAAACCUUCUAAAUUAAAUGAAUUAAUUAUUCCGGAUUUUAUAUGUUUUGGAGUUGGAAUUGCUUCAAUUGUUCUCGUAGUUACUUUAUCCAGUACAAUGCAAGUAAAUAGGAGUGUAUUAUUUGCUGCUGUUUUUGCUCCAAUAGGUACUUUGAUUAGAUGGUAUUUAUCCAAAUAUAACGCAAUAAAAAAAUCUUUUCCAUGGGGAACUUUUGCCGCCAAUAUAUCAGGUUCGAUUAUUAUUGGAAUAUUAUUUUUUUUAAGCAAUGGUGUAGCUUCUUCGAAAACGAGUUGUGAAAUAAUCAAAGGACUUUCUGAUGGAUUUUGUGGAUGUCUAACGACAAUUUCUACUUUUGCCACUGAAAUUAAAACGCUACCAAGAAAACAUGCGUACAUAUAUGCAUUUAUUUCUAUAUUAACGGGUCAAAUUGCAAUGAUAUUAACUAUCGGAAUAUAUCAUUGGGUUGUUGGCUUAUCUACAACUUGUUCAGCAUAGAGAUUGUAUUUAGAAAUGUACAACAACGAACGAUUGUUAAUAUUUAAUAUUUAAUAUAAAAAUGGGAGAACUCUAUUAAAAAUUUGAAUUUUAAAU